AGCUUGUCGGGAUGGGGAGAUGUGGCUUGUUGUGUGACAUUAAGUAUUUAUUGGAGGAGUUGAUAGGCAUGCGGAACUGGGAUCGGAAGUGUGUGGACUAGGAGAUAUAUGCUGUGGAUUGUGGUAUUGCUUGCGUGUUGGGGGAUAUGUGUAUUGAGGAUUACGUCCUCACUGAAGUACUCGGGUUGUUUGGGGAAUGUGGUUUACCUCUUACCUUUCUCUGUCUAAUACUCUGUUUCCGUUUUUUCUUUGGCUUGUUCUUUCUUCUCUUUCUGAUCGCAUACGAAUAUCAUCGUUUUCAUCUCAUCAAGCCCAGCCAUCACGGUGUAGAUUUCAACAAUAUUCAAUCAAUUGGGGAGAGUAGAUGA